UGUUUUGGGAACAGGAUGAGUGACCGCCACCGCAUUUACGCUUCUUUGGGUUCUCAUUUCAUUAAUGAAAAUGUUUCCUUUCUUGUAGGAAGGAAGAAACAAAAGCUUGCCAAGGAGAGAGCUGGACUGUCCAAGUUACCUGACCUUAAAGAUGCCGAGGCUGUUCAGAAGUUCUUCCUUGAAGAAAUCCAGCUGGGGGAAGAGUUACUCGCUCAAGGGGAGUAUGAGAAGGGAGUGGACCACCUGACCAACGCGAUCGCGGUGUGCGGCCAGCCCCAGCAGUUACUGCAGGUGUUACAGCAAACUCUCCCGCCACCAGUGUUCCAGAUGCUUCUGACUAAGCUGCCAACAAUCAGUCAGAGAAUUGUAAGUGCUCAGAGCUUGGCUGAGGAUGAUGUGGAAUGAGAAACAAAUGUCAACAUGAUCUCAAUUAAAAAUAUUUUUAAAAUCUUGACUUGGAGGAUGAGCAGCUCUGGGGGAAUAAGGGCAAAUAUGGUUGCUAUGGACUGUCCUACACUGAACUCUACCAGAGUGGAUUUUUACUUUGUGUAGAUCCAUCUGUCUUUUAUUUAUUUUUCCCAGUGAAGAGUGUAUUUUGAUAGAGAGCUUUUCAUUUUAUAAAUACACUAUGAGUUACCGAAAUAUCAUGGAUUUUGUUUAUUCCUAAAACAUGUAAUUAAAAUGGGCACAUAACAUCAUAUUAAUGUACAUCCAAAAUAUCUAGUGCUCAGUUUUGAAAGGCAAAAAAAAAGCAGGGGAAGGCUGAAGAAUGCACGUUUUUUAAGCUAGAACAUUGGCUGGAAAUGGGAUUGUGUCUAUCAAAGCUGGGUAUUAAAGUCUUUGAGAUGA